GCAGUAAAGAAGAACAAGAAGGGAAGGGCAGCGGGAGGAAUGAUUUUAGGUAUAAGGAAGGAGGUAGCAAUAACGGAUACAGAGAGAGAGGAGGAGUCAGAGGGAAUCAUGGUAGGUAAGAUAAAAGUAGGUAAGAAGAUAAUCAGGGUGGUAGGACCAUACGUGAAUGGGGACAUGGAGAAGAAGCUAAGUAUACUGGAAGGUUGGAUGGAGCAAAAGGAAGAGGGAGUAAGAACAAUAAUAGGGGGAGAUUUCAAUGCGAGGACGGGAGAGGAAGGGGGAAAGGAAAGUAUAGAAGGAGCAGAUGAGUGGGAGUUCAAGAGAUGCUCGAAGGAUAAGAGGAUAAAUAAGGAAGGAAGGAAACUGAUUCAAAGUAUAAAGGAAAGAGGAUGGUUUAUUUUAAACGGAGGAGAGAGAGGAGACAGGGAGGGAAACUGGACAUACUCAGGAGGAAGAGGCGAGUCAGUCAUCGACUACGUGAUAGUGGAGGAGGAGGCGGAGGAGGAAAUAGAGAGAAUGGAAAUAGUAGACAAGAUUGAUUCGGAGUCAUCAACCAGUAGUGGUAUGGUUGAAGGGGCAUAGGAAAGUAAGAAGAUCGAGGACGGAGAGAGAGGGAGGGAGAGGUGUAUGGGAUGAGGAGGGGAGAGAGGCAUUCAGAGAGAAACUAGGAGAAAUAGGAACAGGAGAAGGAAGAUUAGAUGAAGAAAUAGUUGGAA